AAGACUGGACCGGAAGUGUUGUUAUUGUUCUGGAAGGAGCAGCAGAGGUGUCAAGAAUCGUUCCCCAGCGGGUCAAAAUUGAACAAUAACUUGUAUUUAUUGACACAGGCUGUUUAUUUGGGUCUUUAACUCGUUAGUUUGGGUAAUUACACGCUCGGUGCACGCUGUUAAACGGUCAAACAUGGCGUCGCCGCUGCAGAUGACGGAGAUGUACGACAACGCGCUGCUCGGGAUCCUGCAGCACGUCGGGAACAUCCAGGACUUCCUGCAGGUUUACUUCGGGUUCCUGUACCGAAAAACAGACUUCUAUCGGCUGCUGUCGGCUCCCAACGACCGGCUGGGCUUCCCUCCAGGUGUGGCGGAGAAGAUGGUGUUCAAGACGUUCAAGCUGUUUGAGAAGCUCGCUGAGAACGACCGAGAGAGACAGCGGAGCGAACUGCAGAAGAGAGAAGAGAGUCGACGCAUUCCUCCGGCGGUUCAGGAGCUGGAGAUCGGCGCUGAGGUGACGGAGGAGCAAAGCACCGAGGAGGAGAAAAGCACCGAGGAGGAGAAGGAGAGCUCUCCUCCAGAUGUUCCACCUCCUGCUUCAUCAGAAGAAACCGUCAGCGCUCAGCCCGACGACAGCAGCAGUUCAGACCCGACGGCUCAGGGAGACACAGCAGCAGCAUCCGGCACAACAUCAGAAGUGAGUCAGGAGAAGUUUCAGUCGGACCCCGACAGUUACAACGGAGCCGUGAGGGAAAACUACAGCUGGUCUCAGGACUACACCGACAUGGAGAUCCGCGUGUUCGUACCCAAGACCGUGGUCAAAGGCCGACAGGUCAGAGUCAGUCUGCAGACCAACAGCAUGCAGGUGUGUGUGAAGGAGGGAGCCGAGGAGAAGACACUGAUGGAGGGGGAGUUCACCCACAAGAUCAACACCGAGAACUCUCUGUGGAGUCUGGAGCCGGGGAGCUGCGUGGUCCUGUCGCUCAGUAAGGUCUCGGAGGUCUGGUGGAACGCGGUGCUGAAGGGAGAAAAGGAGAUUGAUAUAAACCAAAUAAACCGUGAGCGCUCCAUGGCGACGGUGGACGAGGAGGAGCACGCCGUCCUGGACCGACUCUCCUUCGACUAUCAUCAGAAGCUGCAGGGGAAACCACAGAGCCACGAGACGAAGGUGCACGACAUGCUGAAGAAGGGCUGGGACGCCGAGGGCUCGCCGUUCAAAGGGCAGCAGUUCGACCCGUCCAUGUUCGACAUCCCGCCCAGCGCCGUUCAGUUCUGAGGGAACGGACGAAGAAAAAAAAAGAACUGAAUCCUCGUUUGGUUAAACGGAGUCGCUCGUUGUGAGGUCGACAUUUACCUGCUGCGAUGAUGUGUCGGACGUGAGAGCGUGAGGAACACAGACGAGGAGACGUCAUUAUAUCAAAUGAUGAUUUGAUGUUUUGGCCGUUUGGAAUCUGAUAAAUACGUGUACUUUGUUAACCGAUUUGCUCUUUAUUUAAAAAAAAACUCUUCAGUGCCUAUUAUGAUGAAUUCUGUUGUUAUUUUUCUGUUUUGUUCACAUACUUAUUCCCCCAAACUGUUACAGCAUUUAGUCGUCUCUCAGCAGCCAAGUUUCAUCCAAAUGUAGCACAAACAUUUACACAAAUCUUCCAGAAAAUGUGCAAAUAGAUCCACUGCAGUUAUGCAAAUAUUAUGACUCAAUUCAUAGAGCUAGACAUCUUUUUGUCUGCACCAUCUUUGAGUUUUGUGGCCAGUUUUCACAUUUCAUCCAAGCCUCCAACAGUCGGACACAAUGUGUAGAAAAUGAAGGAAAUGUAACGUUUCUGUGAUGAAGGUUUUUUUU